GUUUUAACCAAAGCAAUAUUAUGCUAAUUCAGAUACAGCUUGCAGUUCACAGUAAUGGCGGAACAAAUUCACAGCCUAUGGGGGCAUUUGCCGCUGCUGGUAAGAGCCAAUUCCAAGGAAUCCGUUGAGUACAUACUUCAAGCCCUUUGGCGAACCCGCCACACAGGACUUGAUGCCGCCGACCGCCAAAUCUUCCGCGAAAUCCUCCAACUCCCCAACGAUUCCGACAUCGAUCCUCUUUUGGUAUGCCUUAGGGUGUUGAUCCGAAGAUGCGUUUAUGAUAAUGUUAGCAAGGAUGAGAUGCACAAACUCUUUCCUGCUGAAGUCCUGCCUGAACUACAAAGAUUAUUGACGCUUUUAUUGCAAAAAUUCCAGAAGGAAUGGCGUGAGGAUAUAUCAAAGGAUCAGCUUUAUUGUCUUCAGGUCGACCCGCCCAGCUUGAAGACAAUGACAUGGAGCAUGGCAAAUCAAGAAACAGAACUGACAAGCCCAGCAGCAGUUAUCAAUUUGAAGCUUCAAAGCAAUACCCAGCCCAACUCCGGAGAAAGGGACGUGAAAUUCCAGUUGGCAAAGGAUACUCUGGAAACGAUGUUAAGCUCCAUGUAUAGUAUUAGGGACCAGUUGACUGAUCCUAGUGAAACAUCCGAGAGAGAUGCGGUUCAGAAUACAAAUGCUGCAUAGUCCCUUGUUUGUCUCAACUAAGAAGAUUAUAAGCAGUGGGUUUUAGAGAAUGUGCAGAAGAAAAGUGGAUAAAAGUUGUGAGUUCUACGGAAUGUGUGGAUAAAAAUUGGGGUCCUAUGAAAUGUGUAAAUAAAAAUGAUGUUUGGCCAGCUAAUAUGUUUGUAAAAGCUCUCCCGAACAUGCUCUAAGACUCCUAUAUUAGUUUGGAAAGUGAUAUAGAUCUGAUGCGAGACAAGAUUCCUUUUUCCCGUGCAUGUGUAACCCUGCUUGCACAGUUGCACCUUGAGAGAUGGAACAAGGCGUAACUAUGGCCCAAACCAAUAAAAGAUAUUACUACCAUACAAACGAUCAAAUUGAUCCUUAGUACCACAAGAGGAGCCAUAGGAACAUUUAUGUUCUCAUCUUGAGGCUACAGAAUGUUGUAUAGAGAAGAAAAAGAGUAGAAUCAUAUAUUCACGAGAACUAGUAACCCAGAAGAAAUACCUGGCAUGUGGGUUAUUUAAAGUAUAAUUGCUUGGAUAAAUUAUUAAAUUUCAAUAAAUUUUAUACUUCUUAAGUGGAGUUAGUGGAUAAUAUUCUUUUUUUCUUGAGUGUGUAAAUACCUUUAAUAUUUUUUAAUCUGGUAUUGUGAUGAGUGCAUUCAAUGUACUGGUGGGUGUCGUGAAGGAUGGUUUCUAGUUGCAUAUAAAUCUUGGAUGCUAC